UGCAGUACAAGCGCAAUAAUAAUUAUUAAGCGAUUAAGAAGUGCUCUGGUGCCCCACAAUUAUUAUUAAAAAAUGAGUGUUUUGGAUAUGGAACAAAUAUGCCGGCUAUGCUGCACCAUUAGGUGCCGUAUGCGAUCCCUGUUCGAGCAAAAUGAAGAGCAUCCUCUUUCGUUGAGCCAAGUGAUCUACGCUGUUGCACAGCUAGAGGUCGAUCCCAACGACGGAAUGCCUCAAAAGAUUUGCUCACAGUGCGCCACCAACCUGAUGAAGAUUUACAAAACUAUCGAGAGCUAUUGGGAAAAUGAUAUGAAGCUAAGGAAGCAACUCAACCAACCAAAGCCAGACGAUAUGGAUAAGCCAGACAAUAAGGACACGCCAGACAAUAAGGACACGCCAGACGAUAAGGAUAAGGUGGAAGCCGAAGAAAUCUACCUUAAACAGGAACUCGUGGUAGAGGAUUGCAAUGAAUCGGAAGCUCUGAACCCGGAGCCAAUGAAUGACACUGCUGAAGAACAGAUUGAUGCGGCUGCUGAUGUUGAUGAAAGUGAACCAGCAGAACUAAAUAUUUGUAUUAAGGUCGAGCCUCUGGAUAUACACAACGAGGAAAGACAAAUAACUGCUCCAAACCAGAUUGUAACCAUUCCAUAUUGGAAGCCGACUGCUGUUCAAGAAACUGAGCCAAUCCCGAAGAAGAAGCGAGGACGUCCGAGCAAAGUUGAUAAAAGGAAACCGACAGAACUAAAUAUUGGUAUAAAGAAGGAGCCUCUGGAUGAACACGCCGAGGAUAGUCAUGUUACGGUUACAAAACAGAAUGUGACUGCUGUUCAGGCAAGUGAACCAAUCCCGAAGCGAAAACGAGGACGUCCGUGCAGCAAAGUUGUAGAUCCAAAACGGCCUAAACUGCACGAUCACAAAUGUUACAUCUGUAAAAGUGAGUCUUUCGGGACGGCUGUAGCCCUUUUGGCACACCUGACUAGUAGUCACGAAGAUCAGCUGCCUUUUACUUGUCCGGAGUGUGUUAUGGAGACGGUUGUACUGGACACCCUACUGACUCUGAACGUGCAUAUGCGACGGCAUUUGAAUCCGGAAAAAUGUCAAUAUUGCGACAAGCGCUACCUUACUAAAUAUAAGGUUGCUAUUCACGUACAGCAGCAGCAUCCUUCAUUUGCAGACGAAAGCGCUCAGUGUCCGGCAACAUGCAAUCAGUGUGACGAAGUGUUCCCUUCCAAGGUUUCUCUAAAGCAACACGUGAAACGCGUGCAUACUGCUUCAACCACGGUGAGCUGUGCUGCUUGUGGCGAAGCAUUCAACGGAAGGGCCAAACUAAACUCCCACAUUCAAAAGCAACAUGGUCAAAGCAGUAAACAGUUUGAGUGUAACAUAUGUCAGAAGAAACUUACUUCGUUGAAAAUUUUACAAAGCCAUAUGAAAACGUUUCAUUCGACUUUGAACCACGAAUUCAAAUGCAGUUACUGCCCGAAGGCGUACAGUACAAAGUUUUCGAGACAAGUUCACGAAAAGAGUCAUUCAAAACACGAACAAAAAGCUCAAACAAAAUCGUCCCCAGUAGUACAAGUCCGUGGUGGGAGAAGGUCUAAAAUAGAAUAAAAUGCCACAUCUGUAGUAAGAUUAUACGGUGAGUGUAGCGCGAAGAAAAGCCACCAGUGACAGGACAUUCGCCAGCAACUGGUGCAUCACGAAACAUCCGGAUCAACCGAGUUGCGGAACGUAUAAAAGUAAGGUCAAAUGAAUAAAAAACCAUAAUUUAUUAAAACAGCCAUUCACGGUUUAGAGGCACCAGAGAAAAUGACAUGAAUGGCCAGAGAAGUUACCAUGAAGAUUCAGCUCGACCUCGAAGCACACUUAUUGUGGCAUUAAAUCAUCUGGCAUCUCUGUUCAGUAGUGCGCAAAAAAAAAUUGAAAACCUGCGAUGAAAUUUGGAAAUGUCUGGAAAUGUUCAAAAUGUUUGUGAAAUUGAACCGACUCUUUCAGCAAUUCAAAUACAAUAACCAGAAAAAAUUACUCCUGUUAAAAGCUGUAAAAUAGCCUGAAAUAAUAAA